AUGGUCAGAAACAUUGUGGUCCUCGGCGGCAACUCGCAUCCCGCCCUCGUGGAAAGCGUGUGCAACAUCCUGGCUCUGCCAGCCUGCAACCGUAUUCUUACUAAAUUCUCGUCUGGUGAGAGCCGUUGCGAAAUCCAAGAUUCAGUUCGUGGCAAAGAUGUCUACAUCAUCCAGACUGGUUUUGGCGGCAAUGGCAGCAAGCUCAACGACCACUUCAUGGAUCUGUGCAUCAUGAUCUCGGCGUGCAAGACAGGCUCGGCCCGGAGAGUUACGGCGGUCCUACCCCUGUUCCCCUACUCGAGGCAACCCGAUCUCCCUUACAAGAAGGCCGGCGCUCCCCUCUUCAAAGCCCCUUCAGAGAACGGCAAAAAGGACUACACUUUUGACAGCGUGCCGGCCACACCUGCCCCUGGCGUCCCCCGGAGUGCUGGGCUCGUCAACGGCACCGACAUCUCGAGCCGGCUGACCAAGACGUCAUUGCCUAACGGGACCGGCGCGACAUCUCCUGUCAAACAGACCAACGGCACCAGCAACGGAAUCAGCAACGGCGACAGCUAUUUCAAUGGCAACGGCCACAGUGUCGCAACCCCGGCGCCGAGUGCCAUUGGCAGUUACACAACACACGACUACGAGAACGUGUCUCACGUCGGCGCAUUCCAAGCGAAGCCCGGGUAUAAGCAGUGGGUUGCGCAAGCAGGGACACUGGUGGCCAACCUCUUGACUUGUGCUGGUGCCGAUCAUGUAAUCACCAUGGAUCUGCACGACCCUCAAGUCCAAGGAUUCUUCGAUGUUCCUGUAGACAACCUGUACGGCAGGCCCCUGCUCAAGCGGUACAUCCAAACGCACAUUCCCAACUACAAGGAUGCCGUCAUCAUCAGCCCCGACGCCGGUGGUGCGAAACGUGCCACCGCGAUUGCAGACGGCAUGGGCGUUGAGUUUGCCCUCAUUCACAAGGUAACAUCUCUCUGUAUCACCGACAGGCAAAACGCGAGCAUGAUGCUCGUGGGUAACGUAGCAGACCGGGUCUGCAUUCUCAUUGACGAUCUCCUGGACACGGGCAACACCAUCACCCGGGCCGCAAAGCUCCUCAAGAAAGAGGGUGCCACCAAAAUCUACGCGCUCCUCACCCACGGUGUCUUCAGCGGAGACGCCAUCAGCCGCAUCAAGGCAUCCGCUAUUGACAAGUUGGUUGUGACCAACUCGGUCCCACAAAACGAGCACAAGGCGCUCCUGGGACCCAAGCUCGACGUCCUGGAUAUCUCGCCCAUCUUCGCCGAAGCCAUCCGGCGAGUACACCAUGGCGAAUCGAUUAGUGUGCUUUUCAAUUACGACUAA